AUGGAAACGGAGAUGGAUUCCGAUGAGAUUUGCCGGAUUCUGUUAGGGUUUCUCGGGAGAUACUAUCAGGUGAAGGUGAAGGAAGCUGAUGUGUUGAAGACAGCUUUUAGUACUCGGUACGGGCACUACGAGUUUUUGGAAGAUCAUGUCAGACACUUGAGCAUUGUGCUGGAGACUUUGAGGCAGCAUCAGUUAUAUGCUAAGUUUUCUAAGUAUGAAUUCUGGCUGAAGAGUAUUUCUUUUCUAGGGCAUAUGUCUUCUCUAGAAGAAAGGAUUCAGGAAGCUCAGAAGUCAGAUCUUGACUAUUUAAAGUUAAUUGCUCAGAUUGAAUCUUGUAAGAAACAUGAACUCCGAGUUUCUGAUUAUGGUGUUAUUUUCUGCAAGGAUAGACUAUGGAUUACUGUGUUUGGAGAUUUGAGGAAAGAGAUUCUGUACGAAUCUCACCAUUCAGGCUAUACGAUUCAUCCGGAAAGUGGUAAGAUGUACGGAGACAUGAAGAGUUUGUUCUGGUGGCCUGGAAUGAAAAAGAAUGUAGUAGAUUUUGUUGCGAAAUGCGAAGCCUGUUAG